ACUGCGAACACCAAAAGUCUGAUACUAAGUGUGCGACAUGUGGAAAUGGCUUCUUCACUAACGACUAUAACAGCAAUUACAACUGGUGCCAUAAUUGCAGACCGUGCACCAAAGACCAUAUGAUGUAUAAGAAGAACUGUACGACAACAAGUAAUGCAGUGUGCACAUGUGUUGAGGGCUACAGAUGCACAGACAGUGAUUGCCAAGAGUGUGAGAAAAUUCAGACAGCCACUGUUUCUUCAACUAUUACUACAACAAUACCGCCCACCCAUGAUAUAAUGUGGAUCUCGGUGAGUCUGUGUUGUGCGUGUGUGUGUGUGUGCGUUCUGCUCACCUGUUUCCUUCUCAUCAGCAGAAAUGCACGACAAUAUGGAUGGAUCAUGCCAGCAUCACCUGACAAGAGCAACUCUGGAUCCAGCCAGUGCACAGAAGAAGAGGAGGUACCAAUGCCAGUGCAGGAGAUGUGUGGAAAAACUGAAAAACUGGAGGAUGUCUGAGAAAAGAGCAGGAAGAAGACCACUGAUGCGUCUAUGGAUUGAGUAUUUAAUCUGAUACAAACCUGCAAAAUCUGCACUCAGGUGGCCCAUCUGAAGGUUUUGUGAGAAUGACUGUCCUUCCUGAGAAAUGCUGAGAUAGAGAGAGAUUUGUGUUGCCACUGCACAUAACAUACAACAUAGAGCUAAUCUUUUUCAACAAAUGAAGGUUUUAUUCUCUGCUCGCUUGUUUGUAUUUAUAAUUGGGUAGUUUUUUGGACACCAUGCCUAUGGACUUUUCUAAGUGUAAAUGAAUGUAUGAGGUAAAGUGCAAGUAAAGUUAUUGUUUAUGAAGCUUUUCAUUUAUUUUAACAUGUCUCAAAGUAAUAUGAAUUUAUAGAAACUGCAUCUAUAAAAUGAUAAUAAAAUGAACAAAAUAUUGUUUCAAAUAUUUUAAAAAGCCGUUUUUGAUGAGAAUAUAGCAUGUCAUUUCCUAGAAGUAUCUUACAUUAUGUCAACUACCUACCCAGUUGUAUAAAAUAGAAAUUGUAUUUGUAUUUGUAUUUGCUAUCUUGCAGUGAAAUUAAUGAAGUACUCUGAGAAACAUAUACAAAAUAAAACUUUAUUGGUUUUAUUGCA